GCCGUGUAUGCUGAUAUGCCGCUGGAAGGCUAUAAUUAUCGUGUUUCCCAUCUGUGGGGUUAUUUAAGAGGCUGAACAGUAGUUUAGAGGUACUGUGGAUUGGAGUGUCAGAAGGGUAAACUGACUUUGACAAAAGGGAUUUUUUCAUCAUGCGAAGCUUCGUUAUUGUCGUCAUUCUUGGAUUUUUAGCGACAAUUGCAGUUGCCGCUUCUACAAAAAGGGACCCCCAAUCCACUAAUCAAUGGAGGCCUGGGAAAAAAGAUGACACAAACUUGUCCGAAGAUCGUUAUGAAGAAGAUUCAAGCUACGAAUCAAGUCCACUGAAUGAGUGGAAUCUAGAUGACGUAACUUCUCAAGUGUUAGGCGAUCAGGGAGACUUUAAGGGUAUUCCACCGGAGUUUCCAAGGCCAGGAAGAAAAAGGUCGAACUUUGAUGUAUCGUAUUAUAGCAACUUCCCAGCAGACGAAUAUAGUCGAGGAUUAGGUAACUUUAGACUGAUCCGACCUGGAAGGAAAAGGAGAUCUCUGGUUGCUUAAGAUGAGGUGGAUUUAAAAAUUCUAGGCCCACUGCGGAAGACAGAAGCUAUAUAUGACAUUAAUUGCGCUAAAAUACCACACCAGUGAAGAUUGGAAACUUACAAAGAAUGGCGGAAAAUUGUGAAACGGGUUUGACAUAAGCCCUACGUUUGUCGAUUGCUGUAAACUAUCUUUCUGACGUGUGUAAAUAAAAGUAACUUUGAGCUUC